AUGAUUUCCUACCAGAUCGAGGCCACGGUAAGUUCGACAGCGAUUGUCCAUGACAUUGCCUGUCGGGAAUUGGACGUCUCCUCAGUGAGCUGCUCGUCAUGGAAGUCGGAUGAAUCAGCCCGCGGAUGGCUAUCGCUAAGAGCAAGCUCCUUGUUCCGCCGGAUUACGAGCUCACGUACUAGCAUAAUUGGAACCGGGGACCUCAAGGGAGAUUUCUGGGGACCGCUAGGCCUUAACCUUCUUCACGAGCCAGCAGAAUCGCGGAUAGAUUUUGUCUUCCCCAAAAAGUGGCUUCCAAAAGAGCCCUUCUUCGAGCAUGUUCGGAUUCAUUCGUUUGGUUACAAUUCGAACUGGCGCGAGCGAGCGACCAGCAUCGUUACCAUCCAUGAUUUCGGCCAGGCCCUGCUAGGCGACAUUCACACCUCACCUUCAUUCGGCGAUAGUGCGGAUCAGACUCCGAUUGUCCUGAUAGGACACAGUAUGGGAGGCUUGAGCAAUCUGCUGUCACUGGUCCGCGGUAAAGGGUCCAAGCCGUAUGUCGAGAGUCUGUUUCCCUAUUCGGAGGUCAUCCAAACAAUCAACGAUCAAUUCCGUCACACCUACGAAGGCAUUCAACUGUGGUCGUUUUUUGAGACACAGCCAACAAUUCUUGGGUUGAUUGUGGAUAAAUGGUCAGCAGUUUCGGAACUUCCUGGUGAGCAGAUUAGCCACUUAAACGCCGAUCAUUCCAACGUUUGCAAAUUCAAUGAUCCGACCGACAGUGACUAUGGCCGUCUAAGGGAUGCAUUUACUACAGCUAUAAAAUCUAUCCAUGCCCUACAACUUGCCAUCAAAGCGUCGCCAGAAACUCAUGAUCAGGAGGAUCUGAUGAGAGUUAUAUCGCGCUUUUUGGGCAUUGUUGAGAGCCCAGAGAUCGACUACGAGAACAACAUCGAGCACCGGACAGAUGGCUCUUGUUCAUGGUUGAUGAAAAAGGAGUCAUUUCUACAAUGGUUAGACGGGAAACAGCCCCCCAAGUGCUACUGGCUACGUGGAGAACCAGGGUCAGGCAAGUCUAUAAUUGCUGCAUACGUCAUCCAGCACCUCAAAGAGUCAAACAAAGACUGUGCCUACUUCUUCUUCAAAGACAACAGCGCAGAGAAGUCUCGUAUAGCCAGACUUCUAUGUUCUUUGGCCUACCAGAUGGCAGCAACAAAUCAAGAAAUCCGAAAAGGGUUGGUCGAAGUAUGUGAAAGCAAUGUCACAUUUAACCGCAGGGACGAACGUUCCAUUUGGCGAACCCUUUUCACUACCAAAUUUCUGAGAACACAACUGUCACGGCCUCAAUACUGGGUGAUUGAUGCAUUGGAUGAGUGCGAAAAGUGCUCUCCCCUUUUCUCAUUUCUGGCCAGCGUAGAAGCGAGCUUUCCGCUACUGGUUUUCUUCACCAGUCGCCCUUCUUUAACUAUAGAGCGCCUCAUCUCGGGCCAGAAAAUGCUCACAGUGACCGAUGACAUCACCCGAGGUGCCUCCCUGUGCGACAUCACACUUUUUGUUGAAUCCCACUCGGUGCACUUCUUGACUGACAGUGAGCACGAACGUGAUGAAUUAGUGGAGAAUAUCAUUGCGCGAUCCAACGGUAAUUUUCUUUGGACAAAUCUCAUCGUCAACAAGAUCUUAGAUGCAAUCAGUGCAGAACAAGUUCAUGAUUGCUUAGUUUCCAGUCCAGACGAAAUGAGUGAACUUUAUGCAUCGAUUCUUCGCAAAGUCAUGGCAAUUCCCGAAACACGAGAGAUCGCUUGCGGGAUACUACGGUGGACGCUCUGUGCUCUUCGUCCUCUUCAUGUCGACGAGUUGCAGGAAGCUCUCAAGCUUGAUAUUGGAAAGAGUCUCAACCAACUUGGAAAGAUGGUUGGAAGUAUCUGCGGCAACUUGAUCAUUGUCGAUGCCAAGUCAUGCGUCAUGGUAGCGCAUCAGACUGUCCGAGAAUACCUCUAUAGACAGCACAACAACCUACGGUUUUCUAUCGUAGAGACAACCGACCAUGCAAGGCUUUUUGAAGUCUGUUUAGCUUACCUGUCUACUCAGGAACUUAGUCCGCCACGUUCUCGACAAACCCGGCCGUCUACAACAAAAGAGUUUCCAUUCUCAGAAUAUGCAAUUUUGCAUUUUUCCGAUCAUCUUAUACGUGCCUCAUCCAGCGACCCAGCCUAUUUGAUUACACUCAGCACGUUUUUAACGUCGAAUGCACUAGCGUGGAUUGAAACAGUGGCAAGAACCCAGGACAUUGACCCAUUAAUUCAAGCUGCAAAGAACUUCCGCAUGUUUCUAGGGCGUAUGGAAAAGUAUCAAUGUGCUCUCGGGAAUGAGAUGAGAACCAUCACUACAUGGACAAAUGACAUUGCCCAUCUGGUUGCCCUUUUUUGGUAA